AUGUCAAAGGCGAGGUCGAAGGUUUUCAAUUUGAGCGGCUUCGUACAAGGGCUGAGGUUCAUGCCAUGGAAGAUCAUGAAGUUGCCGAUGAGGAAAAGUUUCGUGCACAGCGGAUCACUGGUGUUUUCUCUUGGACCGCGUCGAUUACCUGCGAACCCAACCAUCCGCCUAACGUUUAAGAAAGCUAUUGUAGCGAUGAUCCUGACUUUUGUAUUUGAGGUGCGACCGCAGAUGUCCGAUACGUCUGCACGACCCAUACGUGCACAUCUGAUCGUCAAUGCAGCAGGCCCUUGGGCUGGAAAAAUUGCUGAACUGGCAGGGAUAGGCAAAGGCAAAGGAUUACUGGCGGUCCCAGUACCCAUUCGCCCCAAAAGGCGGACGAAUUUUGUUGUACAUGCACCUGAUGUUCCAGUCGAUAUACCGGCUAUAGUAGAGCCUUGUGGUGUGUUCUGCCGCCAACUAGAUGUUGGCAAUACUUUCGUGGUUGGCAGAAAUCCACCUAAGCCAUUUCAGGAGGAAGAUACCGAUGAGCGAGAAUCUUUAGAAGUAGAUUACAAUGAGUUUUAUGAAAAGAUUUGGCCUGUUUUGGUGCAAAGAACUCCUGCUUUCCAGACGGCAAAGAUAAAAUCAGCUUGGUGUGGUUUGCAAGAUGUGAACACAUUCGAUUCUGCACCGGUUAUUGGAGAGCAUCCCUUGUAUCAAAAUCUUUUCAUGAUGUGUGGAUUCGGUGGGAGGUUGGUCUAA